GACUCCACCAGCCAAUCAGCAGCCCGCACCUGCACCCCUUUGCAGCUCUGCAGCAACAAGAGGUCACAGCGCUUGAAAACGUGGAGGGAAGCAGACAGCGGAGUCCACAGCAGCACGCAGCACCCUCAGCCGGACCAUCAGGCCUUUAACUGCACAUACACACAGAGACACGAAGGAGGAGGAGCGUGUCGUUUUCUCCCGAGAGAGCGAUGUCGCUGACGAACAGCAACGCCGUGGCCAUGGAGAGACGCAUGGAUCUGGCAUCGCUCUUUUGCAUGAUAGGGCGGCACGGUCCCGCCGUGGCUGUCGCAGUUAUAGCGAUGGUGUCCGUGCUGGCGGGUUUCAUCAUCUACCGGACCGUGAGGGGGAAGCGGAGGAAGGCCACAGCCGCAGACAGCGACGAUGAGACCCCCGGAGCGGAGAGAGACGCAUCGGUGAUCCAACAAAGCCCGGAGGAAAACCACAGCUCUGUGAAGGCAACAGGUAAGGAGAUCCACAGGGAUCCACAUUUAGAGGUUUUUAGGCUGCUGCUGGUGCUGCAAACCCGGGAGUGUUGGAUUUCGUGGGUCAGUGUUUAUAACCUGUGGGUGAUGGUGAUAAUAGGACAUGUGUGUGUGUAAGUUUAAAUAGAGCUCUGCAGUCUCAGUAACAUAGGGGGACUGCAGAUGACACUGCAAUGAUAUUAAUACUGAGCUGUGAUACUAACACUAUAGUAGAUAUUAAUAGGCUUCAUAAUGCUUGAGGACUGGGAUACUGUAAAGAUUAAACUUUCCAUUAGGCCUAUAGGUGAGAGAAAUCCAACCAGGGUUUCUUACACAUGUUUAAAAAUGGAACAAUGACCCAACAGCAUAUAACACCCAUGCAGCAAAUGAGUGAUUAUUAUUAUUAUAUAAAGAGAGGUGCACACAAUAUUUCAGAAUCACAAUGAGAUAAGAUAAAUCCAGACCAUGUCAAUUAAGGCCUCCACUGGCUAAUUCAUAACUUGGAGUUUGGUUUAAAUGUUUCUUUUUUUUGGAAAAUUACAAAGGUAUUGGGUAAUUUUUUUGUAUUUUUUAGUAUUUUUAGUCUGCAUGUGCAUUGUACUUCUUAUAUUUAAUUUAAUUUUGUGUUUUUUGCUGCUGUUACAUGAGAAUUUCCCACUUUGGGAUCAAUAAAGUAUAUCUAUCUAUCUAUCUUUCUAUCUAAUUUUGGCGAUGUACAGAACAUUGCAAUAUGAAAAAUCAAGGAGUUAUACCAGAUAAAUACAACUAUAUGAUUUUUUUAUGCACAUACCAGGCUUACAGGAUGUGUAGAUACAUUUGAUGCUCUCACUAACUGGUCUGACUAUUUGACAGCAUCAAAACAGAAUGAAAUGGUUGCAUCAAGGCAGGGUCCAUCCAACAAUAGACACAGUAACAUGCUGAGUGAAGAAGAAUUGAUUAUUUAUCUAAAUAUAUUAUUUAAAUUUAUUACGAUGCAUUUUGACCUUUACUUUGAGUGUGGAUGAAAAUGUUCAUACUGGGAUCUUGAUAAAACUGCAACCUUCUUAGGAUGGAUAACAAAAGUACAAAGCUAAAAAAGUAUUCUUGAUAUAUUUGUUUGAUAUUAUUAUUAUUGUCAUUAUUAUCAGCAAUAUAAUUGGUGUUUUAUUGACAGUUCUUAAUGUAUAACUUAAGGGCUUCUUCUGUUUGUGUUUUUGCAGAACUGAGAGAGGAAAGUUCAUCUGAACUGAUAGAAGAUCUGAUCCAGAGUGAUCACAAAAUCAGGCAUCGCUCUGCUGCUGCUGCUGCUGCUGCUGCUCCUGCUGAGAAAAAGCCUUCACUUUAUUUCUCUCCUAAGGAUGACAUCCAAGUCCCAGAAGACAAGAACACCACUUCAGAUGACAUAACAGUUCAGGGGGAUUCUUUCAAAGUACAUACUCAUGUAAAAGAGGCCAGUCAGAGCCCACGAGAUGAUUCUUACACUAAGGCCAAAAUGGUGGUGAAGGAUGUUAUGAGUGACAGCCACAGUGCUACAAACACAGUGACUGAGGAUGGUGUGGAAGAGGUCCAUGAUAUUAACAGCUGCCUGAGGGAUCCAGAGAAGAUUAUUGAUGAAAACAACAAAGAAGACCAGGUAAGCAGGUUUUGGACACAUUUCAGCCACAUAUGCAGCUUCAGCGAGAUGAUAGUUAGCUUAGUGUGGAGAAACAGCUGGUCUGGCAGUGGUUAAAGGUAACAAAGUCCAGUCUUGUUUAUCUUGUUUGUUUAAUCCCUGUUGUGAAACUAGUAUGUCAAAACAUGAAAUAUUCAACAAGCAAACAUGGGGUAUCAUUAGCACUUGAUUAAAACAGAUGAACUCUGUUAAAGGUGAAGUGUGUGGUACUUAUAUCUAUAUAGGAGCAGGCUCCCCAUCACUGAGGCUGCCAUCUUGCACUUCCAUGUUUCUACAGAAGCUCAGGACAGACAAACUAAUAAAACAUGCAUUUUUUUUAUUGAGUAGCAGCAUGAAACACAUAAACAGGUUGGUAGUUGUGCACAAAAGUAUUCGUACUUUUAACCAAUUCUGGUAACCAAUUCUGAAAAUGGAGGACCACAGUUAUCAUGCACCACAGAAACUUCCUGUUUUCAAAGGCCAUAAUUUCUAACAUUGCCAUUUCUACAUACUUUACCCUUUAAUGUUUCUUCAGAGUUUUGGAGCAGUGACCAAGUGGCAAUAUCUUUUAUCAUAUCAGUAUGUGCUUUAGUUUGUUACAAGUAGCAUAGACGUGUACAUGAGUAGCCUCUGCCAAUCCUUCAGACUAAAUGUCCUUUAACUCUAAAAGUUACAUCUCUUUUACUUUUUUUUUAGGUGUGUAAGUCAGCGUACCGGGAUGACAAGCAUGUGGUCACAGAUGAGGAUGUUUCUGACAAGAAAACUAGACAAGAGGAGGAAACCAGUUGUACGAGAGAAAAUGAAUAUGUUGACGAACUUCAAGAAGAUGUAACAACAGUUGAAACAAACGGUGUGGGAUCCAUUUUGAUGGAGUCUGUUAUGGAAGAUGCACCUGUCUCUAUUAUCUGUAAUGUCAAAGAAGAGGAGUUUGAGUCACCGGAUCCAGAAAGUGUUACUUUCAGUUACCCUGACGAUAAUCUCGGUUCUGCAGAGGAGCAAAAUAAAAUUGAGAGUGAGGAGGCAGAGGUGGAGUGUGAAGAUUCACAGAUAAUUCCUCAACAAUUAUCGAAGUCUGACCAAGAAACAAAUCAGCCAUCUUUGAACCAGGACCAGGGCGAUCAUGUGAUGGAUGAGUGGACUCCUCCUGUGGAGCGUAGUGAUGGGGUUGAAUAUAGUGGCCCGACUGAGGAAAUGUCUGAAGAAGUUACAGAUGAAUAUAACACAGCUGUAGACACCCAUUGCCAACAGUUUGAAGAGGAAGAAGCAGAGAUUGAACAGAAUGAGGAAAACAUUAUAACCUCCAGUCAACAGGAUGGUGACAAAAAAGAGAAAGUGGAAAAAACAAGUGAAAACAUUAUUGCCUUUGUUGAAGAAUCUGGUGGUCAAACGGUGGAAACCAGCCCCUCUCCUUCCUGUUUGAGUGCGUCCAAAAAAGCUGAAACCAAAGACGACAAUCUGUCUGACGUCACCACUGACGAAAACGAUCAAAUCUCAGGCAAUGCAGAUCAUCCAGACAUUUCAUCAGGUUUUCAACAGCCACUAAGAGAAUAUGAAAGCUUGACAUCUCCAGAUGAAGACGCUAAUUCCACAACUCUUGAAUCACAGAAACUGUCACAUGAUAUCGACAGAGAGCCUACAAAUACGGGAAAUGACCAGACAGUGGCAUCGGCUGGUCCCAGUGUAGCUACGAGCGAUGGUGAAAAUGUCACUGAAGUAUUUCCUCCUCAUGAUGUGUCCUCUUGCCACAGAGAGCAGCAAAGUCUCCCUAUAAGUGUUGUUGAAAAAGCUGAAAACAAACCCCCCUCACCUUUAAUGGAGGAAGAGAUAUCUCUCCUUGACGUGUCGCCUCCCUCCCAAGAUCGAGCGACAGACCCGACAGAACCUUUUGAUGAAACAGAGGUCAGCUCUGCCUCCAAUGAUCACAUGAAAAACACUAUUGAAGAAAUAAACAUCACGUCUGCCACCGAUAUACCCUCUUUUGACAAGGCUAGCUUAGCUUCCCCUACAACAUGUGAAGACCAACCAAGCAAUGGAGUGGCAAAUAUUGGAGACAUAUCUGAAGUAACCGCCAGCUCUGCUCCUGUCAUGACUGUAGACCUGAGCCCGAGCACCUGUCACAUGUACAGGACAUCUUUUGAGCAAAGUGAUCUCGGUGAUCCUGACCCGUCGUCUCCAAGUUUUGGUAAAGAAAGUGGAAUUUCAAGCAUGGCUGUCAGCCCUGAUUUGCAAGAUGUCUAUAAUGGGUUUGAGGUGAUAGAUAAAAAUAUUGUAGAGUGCAUCCUGCCGUCUACUUCCCAGGAAGAACCCAAGAACAGCCUCUUUGGGGAUUAUGUAGCGGCACCUUACAGUUGUAAUGAAAAUACUGCAGGUAUGGUAUUUGGCCCCUACAAGUCACACCAGCCCCAGUCACCCCGUGAAAGGCAGACAGGCAGGACCGAGUAUGAAUCCUACGCGGCCAAUGAGGACAUGUUUGGCCAUCAGAUAGAGGAUAGUUACCACAGAGACAUGGAGAAGUUUAUGGAACAAAUUGUGAACAAUAUUACGAGCCUCGCUGGUGAGCUGAAAGAGGAACCGGACAAGAAAGUUACUGUUGAGGUUGUAGAAAAGACUGACAAGAAAGCAAAAGUAGGUGUUGAUAAGAAAGCAGAAACGGACGCAGAGGAGGAAGAAGCUGUUGAGUCUGAAAAGACUGAGAUUAGUAUCAUGGAGGCGACCAUGGACAAUAAUGAAUGGAUCACAGAAAGCAACUACCCAGUCCUUCCUUGGAUGAAUAUUUCUGCUCCAUCUAUCAUCCAGGAACUCAGUCAAAACAACCAGCUUCCCACUGAAAAGUGUGUCACUGCAACAGUAGACGUCUCUUGUGUAGAUCCAACAGAAGAUCCACCUGUCACUGAAGUCAAACAUGGAGUCGAGCUCUCUCUCCCCAGUUCUCUCUCCCUUGUUGAUGAAAACUCUGAAAAUAACAAAAAGGUCCUUGCAGUCCAGCCUAUGCCCCAGAAUGUCAACGUAACCUUCAGAGUCCAUUAUUUCGCCCAGUCGCCAUACCAGACGGUGGCUAUCACAGGGGACCAGCAGGAGUUGGGGAACUGGAAGGAAUUCAUCCCACUUGAGAGGGCCAAGAAUGGGCACUGGGCCACAGUGGUCAGCCUGCCUGCAGAGAGUCAUGUGGAAUGGAAGUUUGUGCUGUUGGACAAGGGAGAGGUGUGCCGCUGGGAGGAGUGCGGCAACCGUCUCCUCGAGACAGGCUCUGGAGACGACCUGCUGGUGCACAAAUGGUGGGGAUUUUUAUAAGUGAGGUGACGUACAGUCAGCUUUUAGAACUGGCUACAGGACCAGAUUAAAAAUAGAUCUCUGUACUGCCUGUCACAUGACCCACAUCUGAAUACAGUACAUUCAUAAGACGACUAAUGGUCAACUACACUGUACCCAAAUGCGUACAUUCUGGUAAACAUUGAUUUUACUGUAUUGUAAGUGAUAACAUAUCUGAGUUUCAGCUUUGAAUACUCAAGACUGUGACCAGCUUAGAACUAACUGAUGGAGCUCUUAAACAAUAAUUGCCUUGAACACUAUUGGCCAGGUUAUAAUAACGUUUACCUUUGGGUCUGAUCAUGUGAUGGGCAUUUUUAACUUUUUAUCUACUCCAGUAUUGACUUAACAUCCAAAUUCAUCUAUUGCUACAGCCCAUCUUGGAUUUUAACACACUGCUCAUGAUCCAGUUUUCUUGUUUUUGGAGCAGCAGUCUUACAAUAGUCAAAGACAUAUUUAACUCAGAUGUAUUUUGACAUGCAAAAUUUCAACUUAAUGAUUACUGGGAUAAAUGGAUCUUUCAGGGAAAUGAAAGCGUUGCCAUCAGAAGCUCAUGUUACAUCAAAUACUUUCUGUUUUCUCUGGCAGAAUCAAUGAUUAUGCAAGCUGCACCACUUAAAAAUGUGAUUUAUUGCAAGUGUUGAAUUGUGCAAAGUGAGUUUCUUAUGUUUUCCGUCUGCUGAUUAAAUACUUCCAGCAAUCUAUAAUAAUAAUAAAUGCACACAGCUCACUUUUAUUACAGCAAUAAUCAAAGCAAAGCAAUAUUUCUGUAUACUGUUUAUCUCUCAUUAUAUCAGGUAUUCUAAUGUGUUAACCACUAAACUGUGACAUAGUUGUGCUGCUUUUAAUCUCCUGGGACUGCAUGCAAUAUUGUUGUUGUUCUAUGAAUGUGCCUUUAAACUGUAAUUUUGUAUUCAUGUGAAUAAUGCUUACAAGCAGCGAGGCUUUUCUUUGACAACACAUUGCUGGCCAUUAUUAUUGUUGUUGUCAUUAAUUGUGUUUUUUCAAAUUUUAUGGAUUCACUAUUUUAAGUCUCUUUUUAAAAAUGAUGCUGUCAGUUUGGUAUCAAUUUUAAAUUCUUUAGACCGUAAUCAAUACAUCCCAGAUCAUAUCAAAGUAUUAUGCAAUUCUGUAAUGGUCAUGCUACUCUUGAAUGUUACUUAUGUGAAGUUAUCAAAAAAAUAAAGAAAUCCUCUGGGAAUAUA